ACCCCCUAUAUCUAUGCCUUCUUCACUCUCUGAAAGUAUCUGACCAACAUUUCUAACCGUUUAAUUUCCCUCUUUUUGAUUUUUCCCUUUCAAAGUAAAAAAAUCUCAGAGGAAAGAAAUGGCUUCAACGGUUGUGAUGCAGUCAAUCUUGGGAAGCCCAUUGGCCAGCAGAAGUGGGCUGGCCCAGUUCGCCCCAGCUAGCUGCUUGCCCCGCCUUCGCCGGAGCUCUAAUCUCCGGGUCAAGAGCAUGUCCGAGGACGGCGAGAGCAUCCCCUCACCCCCUCCUCCUCCUCCGGCACCGAAACCCAGCACCGAUUGGAAGAAAGUGUUCUCCUUCAGCGGUCCCGGGCCGGAGAGAAUCAACGGCCGGCUAGCCAUGGUGGGGUUCGUUUCGGCUAUCGGCGUGGAGCUGGCUAAUGGCGGGGAUCUGUUCAACCAGAUCGCGAACGGCGGCGACGCGCUGUUUAUCGGGACGAGUGUGUUGCUCACGUUUGCAUCUCUGAUUCCUCUGCUUCAGGGCGUGACGGCGGAGUCAAAGUCAAAGGGGUUCUUCUCCGCCGACGCUGAGAUUUGGAACGGACGGUUCGCUAUGGUGGGUUUGGUCGCUUUGGCUUUCACGGAGUAUGUCCAAAAUGGCCCGCUUUUGCACGUCUAGAAGCUGAGCCGGGUGAGCCGUUAAGCAAGCCAGACCAGCCGCUGCUAAUGGAGCCGGUAUCUUAUUUGGUUUAGCUUGAAGAAUUAAUCUUUUGUUAAUAGAUUGUACUAUGCUUGCGAUGAAUUUUCGUGCCGUUUUUAGUGCAAUUAACUUAAAGAUAUUGUCUGUUGUCCACUGUUACAUUCUUGUUUUUUCCCAAAAGUCUUAAUUAAAGUAUCAAACAGUAUAAAACUAAAUUUUCGAAUUUUAUACUAGUAAAAUAAUUCCAGUCCAACUUGUAAGCCCCAUGAACGAAUGCCUCUAAAAAAGCUUAAAUACAAAUGCGAUUUUUUCCCUAUUAAGGUUUACAAAUAUUAGAAGUUAAUUAAUAUGCACACAAGUUACACAUUGUUGAGAACUCCUUAUAAGCGAAACGAAGUCUUUUAGUAGUUCGGAUUUCUUUCACUAUCCAAUAUGCAUACCACGAAUAUUAGACCUUCCUCAAAACUACAAAAGAAGUUACACGAGGACACUCAUCAUUUCCAACAAUUACUCGUGCACUG